AGACGUGUGAAAGGCUAAUUGCUGAAGAUUUAAAGUACUAUUCCAAAUAAUGUUGACGAAUAUGGAAAAGAAUACGAGUCCGACAAUAGCUGGUAUCGGCAAAAUCUUUACAACACCGUUCUCAAUAAAUGAUAUACUUAUGCGGGAUCAUUCCGAAAAACGGUGUCCGCAUAGCGAAUCUGAUACGGAAGUGAGGAUGGAAGAAACCCGUCUGAAGCAUUUUACCCGUGAUUUAAAUUCGUUUACAAAAUUUAAUUUAUCCCUGCCGUCGGAUAAUGCAGCCAAUGCGAAUAUUAAUGUGGAGAUAAAAAAUACAGCCGAACAUCUUUGUUCAGCGAAUUAUUACAGACCGGAUAGUAAUAACGCUGGCAGUGAUUAUAUGCAGCAGAAACUUGCCUUAUUUGGGUCUUCAAAUGCUUUAGGGGAGGGCAGUCGUCAUGACUGCCCGUUGGACAUGCGACGUAGUGUUAAUAAUGACACAGAUUGCGAUUCGCCUCCUCCCCCCGUUAGCAAAACUUCAGCAGCGUAUGUAACGCAUGCUAACGGCAGAUCGUUUUCACCUUUAACUGAUGACUUACAAGGCGGGCAUUUAAAUCGCAAGAAACGUUCUCGUGCGGCUUUUAGUCACGCCCAGGUUUUUGAGUUGGAACGACGCUUUGCUCAGCAACGUUACCUAAGCGGUCCGGAACGUUCGGAAUUGGCAAAAACUUUGCGCCUGACUGAGACUCAAGUAAAGAUCUGGUUCCAGAAUCGUCGCUACAAAACGAAACGGAAGCAAAUACAACAGCACGAAGCUGCUCUCAUGUCGGCUGCCGCCGCCAGUAAACGGGUUCCAGUUCAAGUGCUUGUAAGAGAAGAUGGUACUACCGCCUACGCUCACAUGUUUCCGCCUGGUAGUUCUUACGGUGCUCAUGGCUUAGAUCCAGCCCUGCUCAGCAUUUAUCGACAUCAACUACAAAUGGCGUACGGUGUUCCAUUUCCAUAUUUUUAUUCCCAUUCAUCCAGCAAUGUUAAAAUUCCCCAACCUAUACCACCACCACAUCUUAAUGGGCAAAACUCGACAGUUCCCGUCUCCAAAGGUAAUUCGAGUUUAGCUUUCUUCAGCAAUUCAUCAGCAUCCUCCUCGCCCAAUUACUUGGACAAUAACUGUUCGUCACCUAGCACCAGUCCCGCUAAUAUUAUUACCUCAAACAAUUUAGCUUCAGAACAUGUCGAGCAGGAGAGCAAAUCGAUUCAUCAGGAAAACGAAGAAAAUGUGGAAAUCGAUUAA